GCCUGUGGGCUGCCAGCCCCAGCUGGGCACAGGGCACCGGGGCUGCCCCUGUCCAAGGCACCGUGGGGCAUCUGUGGGCCACAGGGCGCAUCUGUGGGAUGGGGUAGGAUGUGGGGCUGUGGGGAGCAUCUGUGGGAUGGGACAGGGAGCUGCAGGGAGCAUCGGGCCGUGAGGCUGCGGGGACCGUCCAUGGGAUGGGCUAAGAGGAGCAUCCGUGGGUCGGGACAGGGGCCGCGGGGAGCAUCCUUCUCCCGUCGGGGGCCACUCCGGGGUCGGGGGCCAUGCGGGGGCCGGUGCGUCACGGGGCGGGCGCCUUGGGGCCGGAGCGUUACCGGCCCCAGCACAUCACCCCACCGGCUGCCACAGCAACGGGGCCCGGCCCCACCGAGGGGUAACCCCCCCCCGCGGGAUGCGGGGCCGGGAUGCGCCGCGGCUCCGGGCAGCGGCUCCAGCACCGGGACUCUCCGCACGGUGCCGAGCCGAGCCGAGCCGUGCCGAGCCGUGCUGUGCCGUGCCGUGCCGUGCCGUGCCGAGUCGAGCCGCCCCGCGUGGGCGGGCUGUGCCGUGCUAUAAGGCGGCCCCACCGCGGGCAGCGGCGCGGUGCCAUGUGCGCCCCGGGGCUGCUCAGCCACCUCCUCCUCCUCCUCCUCCUCCUGCUCCCGCUGCCGCUGGCAGCCCUCCCCGGAGCGGCCCCCGGCACCGGAGCGGGUCCGCCGGCACGGACACGGGCCCGCCGAGGGCUCACCUACCCCGGGACGCUGUGGUGCGGUGCAGGCAGCAAUGCGGAUGCCUACGAGCAGCUGGGGGAGCACCGGGACACAGACCGGUGCUGCCGGGACCAUGACCACUGCCAGCACGUCAUCCACCCCUUCACCGCCCGCUAUGGGUACCGCAACCUGCGCUGGCACACCAUCAGCCACUGCGACUGCGACCGCAGGUUGAAGGAGUGCCUGCGGCAGGUGAACGACACGGCCUCGCGGGUGGUGGGCCAGGCCUUCUUCAACGUCAUCCAGGUGCCCUGCUUCGAGUUUGCCUAUAAGGAGGAGUGCGUGGAGCCCUACCUCUACGUCUGGUGCAGGGCGUACAACACGGUGGCCAUUGCGGUCCCCAGGGAGCCGGUGCUGUAUGAGUUUGGGGGGGAGCUCAUUGAUCGGGCAGCGAGGCCCGCAGGGGUCCCGCUGAGCCCCCCAUGGAGCAGCGUGGGUGGAGGAGCCAUCCCAGCGGAGCAUCACGUGCCCGCCCACCCACCAUCCUCCCGCAAGGCAGCCAAGAAAGAGAGGAAAGGGAAGAAGAAAGACAAGAAAAAGAAGGGGAAAGGUCAGAAAAAGAAAAACCCUUCCAAAAACGGAGAGCUGAGCUGUUCUUCAGCCACUGCCCCUGCUCAUCCCACUGCAGGCCAGGUCCCACGGGCCCCGCUGCCGCGCUUGGGGGAAGCAGCCAACGCCAUCCUGAGUGAUGCUCCGGCCUGGGAGGACUUGGGCAGGGGGCCAGUGCUGGCCACCCCCUCCCCGGUCUCCACUGCCAGCGGGAAGAGGAGGAGGGAGAGAAACAGAAAGAAGAGGCUGAAAAGCAAAGCUGAGGGGCAGCCUGCCCGAGAGGCAUGGCCCUGACACCCCCCGGCCCCGUGCGGGUCUUGGCUGUGUAAUAAAGUUACAGCUGCUUGAGCAGA